AUGGCGAGCAACGCCAAGUCGAGGUGGGCAGACAGCGCAGAGGACGCGGCCCUGGAUGCGAAACUGAAGCGAGAAAAGGAGGAAAAGAAACGUUUAAAAGCAGAAAAGGCGCGCAAAGCAGCUGAAGCGGAACGAUUGGCGCAGCAGGCGAAGGCGGCGAAGAGCAGCAAUGGGACCGAGAACGACGGCGACGGCGACGACAGCACACGGCCAGCGAAACGGCGGAAGUUCACGCCCGAUGCGGAAGACAGGACGACGACAGCCCAUGGCGACAGUGGCGCACCAGAUGCAAAGGAGGGCGCAGCGAAGCUCAUGCGCUUCCCCAUCGGCCGCUGGGGCAAGUGCCGGAGCGUGGAGAACUACGACAAGCUCAACGAUAUAGAGGAGGGCACAUACGGCUGGGUAUCGCGGGCCAAGGAAGCUUCUAGCGGAAAGGUCGUUGCACUCAAGAGGUUGAAGAUUGAACCGAGUGAUCGCAACGGGCUGCCUGUGACGGGGCUGCGAGAGAUACAGAUCCUGCGAGAUUGCAGCCAUCGCAAUAUCGUCAACCUUGAGGAGGUUGUUGUGGGAGACGAUACUUCAAAGAUUGAAAAUAUCUUUCUAGUACUAGAGUUCGUUGAACACGACCUCAAGAGCAUCCUAGAAGACAUGCCCGAACCCUUCCUCCUCUCCGAAGUCAAAACCCUCCUCCGACAACUGACCGCCGGCGUCGCCUACCUCCACGACAACUGGAUUCUCCACCGCGACCUCAAAACCUCGAACCUCCUCCUUAACAACCGCGGCCAGCUCAAGAUCGCAGACUUUGGCAUGGCGCGGUACGUCGGCGACCCAGCCCCGAAGCUGACACAGCUCGUCGUGACUCUGUGGUACCGCUCGCCCGAGCUGCUCCUCGGCGCCAGGGCCUACGGCAAGGCCGUCGACAUGUGGAGUGUGGGCUGCAUCUUUGGCGAGCUCCUGACGCGGGAGCCGCUGCUGCAGGGCACCAACGAAGUCGACCAAGUGACCAAAAUCUUUGAGCUUUGCGGCGUGCCGACGCAGGAGACGUGGCCCUCGUUCAGGAGCCUGCCCAAUGCGCGGUCCUUGCGGUUCCCAAAGACGCCCAACGCGACGGGAUCCAUGAUACGGACCAAGUUCACUACGCUGACGAAUGCCGGGUGUAAAUUGCUUAACGACCUGCUCUUGUUGAACCCGGAUUCGAGACCGUCGGCCGUGGAGAUGCUGGAGCACAAAUAUUUUAGGGAGGAUCCAAAGCCCAAGAAGGAGGGCAUGUUUCCAACGUUUCCCAGCAAAGCUGGCCAGGAGAAAAGGCGAAGACAUGAACCGAAUGCUCCCGUCCGCGGGCAGAAUGCCGCGGAUCUGGGUGACGUCGACUUUAGCGGCAUCUUCCAGGGCAGAGACAAGGAAGAGAAGGGCGGUGGAUUUUCACUCAGAAUGGUGUAG